UGAAUACCGAAAAUUGUGUAGCACCAGGAAUCUAUCCAUGGCAACUGAGUGGAGCAAUGAGGCUACUCUUUUGUGGUAAUUAAAAAAAAAACAAACAGAAAAUACCAGAGGAAGAGGGAGAGGUAGAGAAAGACACACAGAGAGAACGGGAAGAGAAAGAAGACCGGGAGUGGAGAGGAUUUAUAAUCAGUCUUUGCAACCCUGGUGACAGUUCCCUCGGCAGCCAGUGAGGUGGUAAGCAGAUCAGAAUGGAACUAGCUGUGAUCCUCCUGCUUGUGGCCAGCCAGUUGAACGUCCAGGUUGAGUCUCAGGUGAAGGAUGUUGCCUGCGAUGAUAACGAUGUCUUCCGAGCCGUGGAUGUAGCACUGACGAAAUACAAUAACCAAAAGUCCUCGGGCCCCCAGUUUGUCCUGUACCGAAUAAUCACAGCCUCGCUGACGGACUCCAAUGAGCGCACCUUCACUAUAACCUAUGAAAUCCGAGAAAGCAACUGCAUGAUUGAGACAGGCAAAAACUGGAAAGAAUGUAGCUACAAAGAUUCUGCAAAAUGGGAGCAAGGAGAAUGCACAGCCAUACUGAAGAGUCAGAAUGGGAAAGAAUUCAAAGUCAUUGAACAGAAUUGCCACAUCAUUCCAGCUCACGAUGUAGUGGUGGCAGUUCAUAGACCAUGCCUUGGAUGUUUCAAUCUCAUAUCAACCAACCAUUCAGAUUUGGAAGCGAUUUUGAAACAUGCUCUUCAAUCUUUUAAUGAAAAAUCUAAGCAUGAAUACCUCUUUGACCUUAAAGAAGUCAUGAAUGCCUCGAGACAGGUAGUCAAUGGGUGGAAUUAUAAGGUCCAGUAUUCAAUCAUGCAGACUGAUUGCUCAAAGAAGGAGGAUGGACAAUUAAGUGCCAAAUGCAAGCCUGUGCCUCAAGGGGAGAUAAGUGUCUGCAGCGAUUUCACCCACGUAGAUCCCCAAAUGAAAAUCAGUAUUGUCUCCCAGGUGUGCAACCCACGGAGUGACUCAGGAUCUUCUGUGACCCAAAAGAUGUCUAUCUACAGCCCAGAGCUGAAUGAGCCUUUGAGAUAUUCCCUGGAAAAAAUUAACUCUGAGAGUAAAAAUAACUUCUAUUUCAAGAUGGACACCAUUCAGAAAGCAGAAUCCCUGGUGGGACCUGAACCCAAAUAUAUCAUUGAAUUUCUCAUCAAAGAAACUGAAUGCUCUAAAGAGAAAGACAAGUAUUCUGAAGACUGUACAUUUAAGGAGCUAGGGGAUGGUUUGAAAUGUGUAGCGAAUAUCCCCAUGGAGGACGAGGGUACAUUUAACCCUACAGUUCACUGCGAGCAGCCAACAGAGAUGCUUAUGAAAAGACCUCCAGGUUUUUCCCCUUUUCGAGCGGCAGCACUGAUCCCAGAAACGAACGGAGCAGAGGCUCCAAGUGAGCCCCAGACUUCUGAUACGACAGAUCAAGAGGAAGCACAAGGCCCAGGAAAAGAAAAAGGGCUUAUUCGUAGCUUUGGUCACGGGCAUAGAAAGGAACACAGCUCUGGCCAUGGGCACAAAGACCACCCUGGCCUCGGCCUCGGGCAUAAACAUGGGCAUGCUCACAGUCAAAAGCAUGGCCACAGGCACAAACCCAAACAUGGUGAAGGCCAUCAGAAACAUGAGAAAAAAGACAAGAAAAGCCAUGGGAGUUGGACAAACGGGUAUCUGGACAGCCCCAUUAAAGAGAAUUCUCCUUCUUCCAAGACCCAAGAGGAGACACAAGGCCCACCACCCCUCCUUAGCUCAUCACUGCAAGAGGUCACUAUUACCCCUUCUGAUUUUCAAGAUUUAGAUCUCCUUGAUCUUAACCCAACCAGUCCCCCAUCUGAGCCUACAACCAAGGAGAAGGAAAAGGAGAAGGCAGGGGAGGAAGAGGACACAGAUGACGACUGGAUCCCAGACAUCCCUGUCCAGCCAAAGAGCCCCUUGUUUACUUUGGUGCCUGAUUUUCCAGAACCAUCUGCCCCCAAAUGCCCUGGACGCCCAUGGAAACCGAUUGAUGCGAUGGGCCCAGUCAAGGAAGAGAGCCCAUAUGUGGACUUUGACCUCUCUGAUGCUCUUGAAUUUGGGAAGAAAUGAUUCUCCUCCUGGCCCUUCACCAUCCUACUGCCCAAAUACAAUGGACCACACACCAGGAAAUCUCAGAAUAGCCUAGAACAAGGUAUGAGACUCAGCAUGGAUACUGGGAGUCUCAAUGAACUAAUGAAAAGUUGUUUUGCAAAGAGCAAAUCUAUCCUCAUUCCUUUAGGCAAGCGAGUUCCCUCAGCAAAGCAGAAGAUGGAGAAAGCGAAUUCGUUUUGAGGCCAUUUUCCACUGGAGAUCCUAAGAACAGAUAUGGGGGCAGGGAAGGAUAUUUGUUGCUUGGGAGGAUAAUUAUUAUCUUUAAUUAUCUAUUCAAACUAACCUUCACCUGUGCAUGAGUGUCAAACAACAGAAACUAAAUGGGAACUAAGGAUGUGCCUGUCGCAUAAUUAAUUGAUGCUUAAUUAAUGCUUAUUGAUUGAUUGAUAGAAGUAUGAUUAUCAAAGAAAUCUUUUUAUGAUUGGAAAGAGAAUAGCUCAAUAUUCAAUGGAAAGGCAGGGCCAAAGAGUAGAAAGUGGAGAGGGAUGCUGUCGGAUCUCUUCUUUGGGUCCACCCCACAAAACAUCCUUAGCUUUUGCCAGUGGAACAAUUUGUUUCUAUUCUGUUGCUGUCUCAAGGCACUCUAGCUAUCCUGUGGCUGGUUCUUAAAACUUCACUAUUUUCUCACUCUACUUUUGCAGAGAAGCAGUAGAAAAAUGGAACUAACUUAUGGUUGUUUGGUGAGCUUUACACGAUUGGCUGCAUUAAGUGAUCCAGGCCCUAUUCUACUCCAUCUCUACUUUGGUUCGUUAUCUUUACUUUGAUUCAUUAAGGCAGGGGGAAAAUCCUACUCAGUCACCUGGAAAAUAACUCGUGCUAUGCCUAAUUGGGAAUAAACCUAUCAGCUUAAUCACAUUUUGCCAUUCUUAUGGGGACACAUAAGGCCUUGUACACAUCAGAACCAACACCCAAAGAAAAGGUCAAUAGCAGAUGUGCUAAUUGAGGAUAGAAGUCUCUUGACAUGGAACUCAGUGGAAAGGUUGGUGGUCCCCAAACACCCUACAUCAGCAGCCAGAGGAGAAUACAAGUGACACAGACCUCAUUAAAAAGAACAACAACUCACUACUCUGCAGGAGUGAAAUAAAGUUAAAUCAUGAUUAUCUGA